CCAUAUAAAAUCCAACGCUUCAGAUUUCACCAUCACCUUUUCUGCUCUAUAAAUAGGUCAUCGUUCAUUCCAGUUUUCAGUAUCUCACACACACUCAAUCUUCAUAAAUUUCAGUUAUUAGUUCAACAUGGCGUUCCUAAUUAGUUCCCUGAAGCUCUUGUUGUUCUCCACGUGGCUCAUCUUCACCGCUUUGGGACUCAACCUCUCACUUCCAACCAUUACUUACUUCUUCUCCACCCACGUGCCUCUCACGUGGAAUCUCUGUCUCACGUACCUCAAGCCACCCUAUCUCUUCCUCCUCCUCAACGCCAUCAUCCUCUCUAUCGCCGCCUCCUCCAUCUUCCACCACCCUAUUCCUCCUCCUUCUCCUACUUACCAACCGCUUCAUUUUGCUUACGUCACCAAACCAUCCCCACCACUACAUCCGCCCUUAUCCUUACACCACGAUUAUCUUCCUGCUCUUGUCGACGUCAAGCCUGUCGUCGUUAACGGCAUCACAGCCGCGCCCGAAGAAGAGGAACAAUACAAAACGGCGACGGCGGAGUUGACGUGGAUACCGGCGCCGGAGACAGAGACGGCGGAGUUGACGUGGCGAGUGCGAUGAGGAAGAGAUCGAAGACGAUGAAGGAGCGGAAGAAGACUCCGAUGGUAUGUGGCAGCGACGAUAAUGAGAAGAGGAGAGAGGCGGAGGAGGUGAGUGAUGAUGAGUUGAAUCGGCGAGUUGAAGCGUUCAUAAGGAAGUUCAACGAAAAUAUGAGGCGGCAGAAGAAACAAUCACUGAAUCGUUCGCUACGUGAAAUUGGAAACACUGAUAAACCCUGCCAGUGAUCAUAUGUAUGGAACUGUAUACUAUUUUGUGAGUAAUUACAAUUUAAAAAUAUCUUCCAAAUUCAACUAAUUAAAAUUCCUUUUUCAAUUUUA